UGCUGAGAUCGAGGUUAUUUUCUCAUAUUGGUACAAACAGUGAAAAACCAUUCCAAUACUUCUGUCAAGAUAGUUAUUUUUUUUUAUUAAUUGAUUGAGACCAUGAGUGUUGCAAGCUGUGAGAGUGGGAACACCCCAGAGCAAAUGAUCCACGAUGUUGUUCAAUUCAUAUAUACACGGUUAAAAUUUGAUCAAGGGAUGGAUAGUUGGAUUAAUGAUUUGAAGAAAAAUGCUAGAGCAGAUCUUAAUGAUAUCUGGGCAACAGACGGCCUGGUUGAAUGCUAUUUAACAUGUAUGAACUUAGCCUCUAGCAGUUCAGACAAAGAAAAAAAAUUAAUAUGUGCCCUACCUCCUGUUUAAUAUGCAUUAAUGGAGGUAGAUACCCUAUCAAAAGCUAGAAAAGAAGAUAUAGAAAAAUUGAGGUCUCAAUUACAUGAGAUAGAAUCAAAUAUCCAACAUAUGAAAUCUGAGAGGAACCAAUUAGAGAUAGAUAUCUCAAACAAGGAAGCCUUUAUUAGGGACUUAGAAACUGAUGCUGAACAUAGUCGCAAAGCAUACCGUAAGCUCAGAGAGGAUUUUGAAGAAUUACAGCAACAGUUGUUUAAAAAUCAACAGUCAGGUGUAUAUGGUGUGGAGAGAUCUCCUAAUCCUCCAGUAAUCACUCCCCAAUAUAAAAAUUGGGCACCAUAUGUUCCUAGAGCCAAACCAAUCAACAUUGAUAAUGUUGAUUCAGAGGCACAAGGUGUUUUGGGCCGGUUGGCUGAAGCUUGCCAAGCUGUGACCACCUUAUUGGGCAAUCACAGAAUCAUGACCCCUAUAGACUCCUGUCAAGACUCAUCCCCAGAGAGGAAUGAGCGACGUAAGUCCCUUGUGUCCAAUGUAUCCUAUAAAAGUUAUGCUUCCAAUCUUAAUACAAGUGGGUCUGAGAGUGAUGAGAGGAAGCGGGAUUCCAGUCCUGUCCCAAGAAGGGGGAAAAACACCCAUAAAAGGGGUUCAAAAGGUAAAAAUCCCCAAUAUCCAGGUGAAAAACAAAAUUCUGCCAACAUAAUUAAAUUCCUGAAUGCUGCUGUGCCAAAAUUCUCUAAGAAAGGUUCUGCCCAAAUAGCGACCCAUUUAGAAAUGUAUGAGUCUACUAUGGACUCUUUGGACUUGUCUGAAGCAGACAGAAUCAGGUUUCUUCCAUGGGCCUUUGAUGACAGAUACCGUCAUUACUUUUCCUCCUUUAGAGAGAGAGGAAUCACUAAAUGGCAGUCAGUCCUACAUGAAGUUAAAUUAGAAUUUGGGCCAUACCGAAAUACCACUGCCGCAAAGAGAGAAAUUUAUAGACUUACAUGUCGGCCUAACCAAAGCCCCCGAGACUUUCUCUCUGUGCUCAAAAAUGCCUAUGGUCUGGCCUACAGAGACCCUGAUUGGGAAUCUAUAGAUUUUAAACAGUUGUUUUAUGACGCUUUACCAGCCCAGAUCAAAUUAAGUCUUGCCCAUGAUCUGGAUUUUGAAAACAAUCUAGAAAGAUUGGUAACAUCGGCAACUUUACUGUUUAACAUCAGUGAGGGCCAAAACUUAAAUGAAAGGAAGUUUAAAAAAUUCCCAGAGCGCAAUGUCGAUGAGUCCAAGGUAAAACCUCAUUUAGAUUUUGAGUCACAGCCAAAGAAAGUACCUUCAGCCAAUGGGUCUAAUCAGCAGAACCGAAGACAGCCAAAUCCCAUACAAAACAAACCUCAAAAUCCUAAGGGAUCAGACGGGAACAGCUCAGGUUCUGGAAGCCAGGACUACCGUCCUCGUUUCAACCGGGAUUACCGAGGGUACCAGGGUAGACAGAAUUAUAGGGGUUACCAAGAGUAUAGGCGUCCCCAGGGGUAUAGACGUUGGGACAAUAGGCCCAGGCAGCAAUGGGGAAAAGGACAGGAAUCACCAGAUUCACUCAGGGGCAAAUCACACACAGGGAACCAAAAUGGUCUCCAUAAUCAAAACCCACGUAAACCUAGCAGAUUUGAUCAACUUGCAGAUCAGGUGGCCAAAUUAACUGACAUUGUAAGUAAAUUGUCUCAAGUUUCUGCACCAAAACAGUCUGAGGAUUUUUUAGAUGUGAAGGCGGGACCCAGUUCCGCCAAUUAAAAGAAACAGGGUCAGAUCCCUGUAUGGAAAUGGAUACGGCAUUACCAAAUAUGGACAACAAUCAUAUUUUGCAUUGCACCGACCCAAUCGGGGUCAAAGGGAAGUCUAAUGUCUCAUUUAUCUUGCAGCCAAAUAAGGUCAAUUCUCUUGAUCCAAUGUCACUACAGCCCGUGUGUGAAAUACCCUCUGUUCAGUUCGUCCCAGUGGUGGAAUCCAUGGGAACCCAGAUGACCUGCAGGCGGAACCAGGAGGAGAUAAAUCCAAAUAUCCUGAUGCUGCAGAAGGAUCAUUCUUUAAAACAACAGAUGGCAAAUCACUCCAAUUUUCUCUGUAAUCUCUUACAGUUAGACGGCCGAUACUUUAUAGAUACCUGUCUCCAAAAUGGAUGUGUCGGACCAAUCCAAGGUUUAUUGGAUACCGGGUCUCAGGCGCAAAGAUGCCAUCCCAGAUGAUCGCUAUCUUAUAUGCAGUCCUGAUCUUGGGGAAAGAGUUCCAUGCUGAGCCGAUUGUGAUGCCAGAUCCAUCAUCCGGGAUCAUGCUACAGGAUUCAUCAUGACCAACAAGAGGAUCCUAUCCCAGAAGGUUUAUAUGAGCCUAGAUCCACGUUGUAUCAUCGAAAGACAAAUCAACGUAUCCAAUAUCCGAUCACCGGACAUUCAAACCUGAUACCAGCUACAUAUCGAAUAUUCACAAGAGCGGAUUACUCAGAUCCUGGAGCAAACCCGGAAAACUUUAACCAGGAGAUUGCCAUAAGUCCAGAUUUAAAAUUUUUGUUGGACAAUAAGCCCAGCCAUACCAUCCGUAUGGUUAUAAAAAAACAUAAUAUUACCAUGGAUACUCCACAAUUUUCAUCAACCGAUGACGAAAUACUGUUUCCUUCUGUUUGGUCAUGGGGGGAAAACUAUAUAUGGAGUCUAUUGAUCACAAUUAUAGUAGGAUGGUUAACUGUAAUCACCAUCUUGGCAAUUCGUUGGAUGAAGAUCAUCAAAAAGACUCUAGAUAAACUAUGGCUUAAAUCUCGUGGAUCAGUUUACAUAAUGAGUAUGAUGAAGGAAGAGUUUGAAAACCCUUAGUAGUUUUCCUGAAAUGUUCAUAUUAUGGGAAACAUUUCAGAAAAACAAGGGGGAUUUGUCGGAUUUUCAAAUAAGAUGAUUAUUAACUAUAAGAAUAUUUAGAUUUAUUAAUGAUAACGUAUGAUUAUUUUACUCAAUAGAAUACAUAUUCAUGAUUGAUAUUAUGCAUAUUUGAUUAAUCAUAUAGUGUUGAGUAAUGAAUGCUAUAUUUUGUUUUAUGUAAAUUAAUGUUUAGUUAGUAAGAAACUUCUGUUCUGAAAAGGAUGUUUUAUCAGACUCCUAACACAGGUGUAUAACCUUUAUGCUUAAAGCAAAUCUCAAAGGUUGUAUAAUCCUUGGUGUCUGUGUGAAUAAGAUGAGAACACCUUGAAGGAUUUUACAAACUAUCCACAGUAUAGAGCACACCUGUUUGAGAGGGUAAUAAUUAAUCAAAGACCAGACCAAUUUUGAAUGGCUAGUGUAUUCACAAGUACUGUAUAUUGUAUGUGUACUGAAGGUAUUAAGGAAUCAUAAAGUAUUGUUUCAGUCUCAGACAAUGUCAACAGUAAUGUUUAACACCAGACUAAGGAGGUCAAAGGCUAUUAUGUAUUUUUUAGAUAUUUUUAGGUCACGAUGUUUGAGGCAAUAGUGCCAUCUACAGGUAGUGUAGGACAUCAUGCCCAGGGGUAAAUGAUUGACAUUUUACAAAAUAUUUAGAUUAGAUGGUGAUAGUUUAACUUUUGGAGACUACCCUUCAAUUCCAAUUGGUUAAUUGAUUAAUCCCAGGGGUUGAGUUUAAGACAGAAAGGAGGGAUAAAUUAGGAGACACUGGGAUACAAAGAAAAAAAGGAAUUAAAAA